AGAGAACAUGAAGACUCAUCUUUUGUUGGUCAUGAUCGGAACCUUGGUCGUUAUUGUCGGAGCCCAAUCUCAAGAAGGUUUCAUCAGUUUGGAUUGUGGCUUUCCUAUAGAAGAUUCACCUUAUAGUGAUCCCUCAAAUGGAUUAACGUUCACAUCAGAUUCCACUAUCAUCCAGACAGGCAAAACUGCUAGAGUCGACAAAGAUCUCAACAAAAUAUUCGAAAAACCGUAUCUGACAUUGAGAUACUUCCCGGAAGGAAAACGUAACUGCUACAGUCUCAAUGUCAACCGUGGCACAAACUAUCUCGUCUCAGUCAGCUUCGUAUAUGGAAAUUAUGAUGGUCUUAAUCAAUUUCCAAACUUCGAUCUCUAUCUUGGUCCUAACAAGUGGGCAAGAAUAGACAUGGCAGUAAAACAAAAUGGUACAACAGAGGAGAUUAUAUACAGAGCAAGGUCAAACUCUUUGGAUAUAUGUCUUGUUAAAACUGGAACAACCUCUCCAUUUAUAUCAGCCAUAGAACUAAGGCCAUUGAGAAAUAAUACUUAUGUCACACAUUCCGGCUCACUGAGGUUAACUUUCCGGGUGUACUUUUCCAAUUCCCGUCGAUAUUAUAGGUAUAGCGAUGACAUAUAUGAUCGUCUUUGGAAUCCCUUCUUCGAUUCUCCAUAUUCGGAGAUAACGACCAGUCUCGACAUAAACAAUACUAAUAUAUAUGACAUUCCAAAAGCUGUACUCCAAAGUGCUGCGACGCCUAAAAACGCUAGUGAGCCAUUGAUCAUCACCUGGAGACCCAAACCCUCUAAUGCUGAAGUGUACUUAUACAUGCACUUCGCGGAGAUACAAACGCUUGGAGCCAAUGAGACGAGGGAAUUCGAUAUUUUCUUCAAAGGAAACUUUAAUUAUUCAGGCUUUAGUCCUACCAAGUUAAAGGUAUAUACAAUAUACACUGAUAUACCGACGCAAUGUGACUCUGGAGGUUGCAGUUUACAGCUAAUACGAACUCCUAAUUCAACCCUUCCACCUCUCAUCAACACUCUUGAGGCUUACACUGUUAUCGAAUUCUCGUUAUUGGAAACACCCCCAAGUGAUGUUGCUGCUAUCAAGAAAAUCAAAGCUACUUACGGUCUAACGAAAACAAGUUGGCAAGGAGAUCCAUGUCUCCCUCAAGAGUUAGUCUGGGAUAAUCUAACAUGCACUUACGUAGAUACCUCCACACCGCCAAGAAUAGUUUCCUUAAAUUUUUCAUCAAGUGGAUUAACUGGGAGCAUAGCCCCAAUUUUUCAGAAUCUAACGCAAAUACAAAAGCUGGAUUUGUCUAAUAACGGUUUGACGGGACCUGUUCCUGCUUUUCUUGCCAACGUUAAAUCGUUGUCUUUCAUAAACUUAAGUGGGAACAAUCUCAGUGGUUCAGUUCCUCAGACUCUUCUUGACAGAAAAAAGGAAGGACUCGUGUUAAUACUUGAUGGAAAUCCAGAGCUAUGCAAAUUUAGUUCAUGCAAUCAAAAAGAGAAAAAUAGUUUACUGCUACCUGUUGUUGCAUCAGUUGCAUCCGUGCUUGUUGUAGUGGUGCUUGUGGUUCUCUUUUUUGUUUUCCGAAAGAAGAAAGUGCCUUCAGAUCUACAUGCUUCACCAAGUGUGCCACUAGCAGAUGUUGGACACUCUAAACAGUCGGAAACAUCGUUUAUGUCCAAAAAGAUAAAGUUUACUUAUGUCGAGGUUCAAGAAAUGACAAAUAACUUUCAAAGAGUUCUUGGUGAAGGAGGGUUUGGAGUUGUUUAUCAUGGUUGUGUUAAUGACACUCAACAAGUAGCUGUUAAAUUGCUCUCUCAGUCAUCAUCUCAAGGCUAUAAACAUUUCAAGGCUGAGGUGGAACUUCUAAUGAGAGUGCACCAUAUAAAUUUAGUGAGUCUUGUUGGGUACUGUGAUGAAGGAGAACAUUUGGCCCUUAUUUAUGAAUACAUGCCAAAUGGAGACUUAAAGCAACAUUUGUCAGGAAAGCGUGGUGGAUUUGUCUUGAGCUGGGAAAGCAGGUUAAAAGUAGUUUUGGAUGCAGCAUUAGGAUUGGAGUACUUACACACUGGAUGCAAACCACCAAUGGUUCACAGAGAUAUAAAAAGUACAAACAUACUUUUAGAUGAACGUUUCCAAGCCAAAUUAGCCGAUUUCGGGCUUUCAAGAUCAUUUCUUAUUGGAAACGAAACACAUGUAUCAACUGUUGUUGCUGGAACUCCUGGUUAUCUUGAUCCUGAGUACUAUCAAACAAAUUGGUUGACAGAGAAAAGUGAUGUUUACAGUUUUGGAAUUGUACUAUUGGAGAUCAUUACAAACCGUCGUAUAAUCGACCAAACUCGCGGAAAGCCUCACAUAGUAGAAUGGGUUGGAUUUAUUGUAAGAACAGGAGAUAUUGGAAAUAUUAUAGACCCGAACCUCCAAGGAGAAUACGACGUUGGUUCUGUAUGGAAGGCUAUUGAAUUAGCAAUGUCAUGUGUGAAUCAUUCUUCUGCAAGAAGACCAAGCAUGUCCCAAGUUGUUAAUGAUCUUAAAGAGUGUGUGAUAUCUGAGAACUCAAGGACAGGAGGGAGUCGAGAAAUGAACUCAAUGAGCUCCAUCGAAUUCAGCAUGGAUAUUGACACCGAGGUGAUCCCUAAAGCACGCUAGGAAGUUCGUCAAAAAUGAAUUUUACCAUUGCUGGAUAUAUUUUGAUGAAUCUUUAUUAAAGCUUAUUUGAACUGAUUAUUGGAUUUGAUGCGAUACUCAAUUAUCUUUUUUGUAAUUUGUUUUAGGUUCUUGUAGAUAACAUUUGAAUCCUCAAAAAAUUGUAUG